UUCUGUUUCCGCAUUCAUAUUUACACACUCACAACACAGCACACAGAACAACAUGGCUGCUGCUGUUGUAGGCAGCUUAGUGGACAAUUUGGUUUGUCUUUGGAGACAGCCUUAUACCCGUACUUAUUUACCACAUUUAUUCUUUUGUAUUUCGUUAGCAGGCUCGGUUUUGAAAAAUGCGCAGCUCGUGCCGGAGAGCUACUUCAGUGACAGUAGAAAUGUUUUAAAUCUUUAUUUUGUGAAGGUUUCUUGGGGAUGGACCAUUGUUUUGCUUCUGCCUUUCAUAGCUUACUCCAACUUUUACAUCAAAAGCCACAUGUUUGCUUUGAGGCGGCUGAUGUCACUACUGGUGGCAACCCUCGUUUGGUACAUCUGCACUGAGACCUUUUUCUACAUUGAAGACAUUACAGGUUCAUGCUAUGAGUCCAAAACCAUGGUAGUUAUUCGUGGUGAAUUUGACACAAAGGCGGCAUGCAGGAAAGCUGGCUUCUUCUGGGACGGUUUUGACAUAUCAGGACACUCGUUCAUCUUGAGCUACUCUUCACUUGUUAUCAUGGAGGAAAUGGUGCCCAUGUUACACAUACAGCCUGUUUACAGAAACACUCUUCUUGAUUGUCUUUAUCUAGCUCUUAAUGUGAUUGUGGUCAUCUGGAUAUGGAUGUUCGGAUGCACGUCAGUGUAUUUCCACGAUAUUAUUGACAAGAUUCUAGGGACUUCUUGUGGGCUAUUGGGAUGGUACGUGACCUAUAAGGUUUGGUAUCUGAAGCUUUUUUCUCCAGGUCUCCCUCCACAGCCGAAACAACAUACUUAGUAUGAAAACUAAACAAGCGCACUACAACAAGCUACACAUUUCAGCUUUGUUUUGUUUUGUUAGGUCUAUAAGUGAAGCGGUAGGCAGCUGGUGUUUCUAAAAUGACAAUCUGUAAUCUGAGAGGUCACAUCUAAACCUUCUGAAGUUUUGUGGCUUUAAACAGAGCUAAUAAUUACCUGACAGUACAUUUAGCUUAAAAAUUUGUCUGCUGCUAGCUUUAGUAAACAUAUAAAAUCAUCAGCUGAGCUGCCUUUUUUUUUGAAAGACACUGAUAUUUUACAUAUUUAUAAUUGGGCUAUUUAUUGAUUUUAAACCGUUUGAGUUGUUAGGCUCUGUAGUCUGUACUUGCACUGUGGACCAUUUAAUGUGUUCAGUCUGAAUGCCAAACUGUUGUGCCAUUGUUAAAUUAGGCAUUCACAGAUAAAUGUCUGUUCAGUUUUUCCACAGGAAAACUGACACCACCUUUAAGUGGAAUUUAAAAGUUUCGUCUAAUAUGUAAUAUUAUAAGACUGGGUUGUAGUUUUGGUGAUACAUUAUGAUAAAUAUUUGGCUGCAUUUAAAGGGGUAGUUCACCCAAAACAUAUUUAAAACCUUUUUGGACCUCGUAGAACACAAAAGAAGAUAUUUUAAAAAUGCUGAUACCCAUUGACUUACAUAAUUACUUCUAUGGAAGUCCAUGUGUUUCAGCAUUCUACUAAAUAUCUUUUGUGUUCUACAGAAGAAAGAAUCUCUGAACGUUUUAUAACCAGAUGAGGGAGAGUUAAUGAUGAGGUAAUUUGAUGGUUUUGGGUGAUUUAUCCAUUUAAGUUAUUCUUAUGGGUUCGAGGAACAAUUCAGAUGUAAAUGAGUUCUGAAAAACCAAACAUGCUGGUUGCGGAGGGCACAUCCAUUAGUCAUUUCAUUCAUCUCAAUUAAAGCAUUAUUUUGGUGAUUAACAUUGUAAUUGUGCUUGUUGUAAUCCAUUAGUAUUCCAAAGAAAACAAGUAUCAACAUGAUAUUGUGUUAAUUUCAGCUGAAUAUGAUGACACAGAGUUCCUGUUAUUGUAACUGCACAUCACUGUUAUUUGUAUUUAAAUCAUUAUAGUGAAUAAAUAGCUUAAAAGGAAA